AUGAAGCUUACCAUCUCAUCCUCAUACAUAGGACUCGCGGAUCCGUCACUUUGGGCUGUGUGGGCACAGCAGAGGCCUUAUGACUAUCUCAUCACCAAGGUCAGGGAACUGCGUGAAGAGAUGGACAGGACCAAAGGUGCCUACUGCGAUCCAGACUGCGGAGCUUUGGUACCGCUACACUGGACUGUGACGAACGAAGAUGUCCGUCCUAAGAUUACGGAACUUGCAGACGACCCAGCCGUGAAGCAUUGGAUUACACUGAAUGACACUGCGCUGGAUGACACUGUCAACCAGGUUAUUGCAAAGUUGAUAGAGAAGCAAGGCAGCGAGUGGAAGGAGGUCUGGGUCAAGGCGGUACUGAAUGAGUUUGGUCAAAUCUAUGAAAGUAUAGUCAGGGAUAUUGACUAUUUGGAGGGGUUGUGGAAGUUGAAAACGAUUCUGCCCGCCGACACGGUCGGGGAAAAGCAGCAUCCGGUGUCAUUCUUUCGGAGGUGCCUCGGACGCCGAAAGUAA